UCGCGUUCGCUGGCGGCCAUUUUGAAAACCGCGCGUUCCAUUUUCAAAUAAUUCCAUGUGCGUUUGUGAAUAAUAUUCGAAAUUUCAAUUGUUAUUUUGUGUGUGAGUGUACUUUGAGUGUAAUUUUUUACAAGUUAUCAAACAAACAAACAAUGUUAUAGUGGACUAUAUAAAAACUCAACAAUACCUACAUCCCUGUUCUUAAUACACUAGUAACAUAUAUUAGUGUAUAUUUAAGCGCAAAAAAUGGGUUGUAACACUAGCUCCGAAGCUAAAACUGGCGACGAGAAAGAACAGAAGAAAGACACUAAAGAAGAACAGAAUAAUCAGAAGAAUAAUGAGAAGAAUAAUGCCCAAAAUGAUGCCAACAAUCAUAUAUCAGAGGAGCAAGCGGCCACCAAAAUACAAGCGGCGUUCCGAGGGCACAAGACCAGAAAGACAAUGAGUAUGAAGGCAGCCAACCAGAAGCCCGAGCCGGAGCCGUCCAGGGCUGAGCUGGAGGCGGAGUUCCGCGCCGACGACAAAGAUCUGUGUCAUGCCGCGACCAAGAUCCAGGCAUCUUUCAGGGGCCACCAGGCACGCAAGCAAACCCAGGCGGAGAAGGAUAAGGAGCAACAAGAUAAGGAAGACGUAGAGAAGAUCGACUUGACUGAUCCUGAUCUGAACAAGGCUGCUACUAAAAUACAAGCGUCAUUCCGCGGCCACAAAGUACGCAAAGAUGUCCCCAACUAAGGUGACCACACCGCGAGAUUACAACAGGACGAACUGGCUUCGUAUCUAUGAGGAGUAUGUCAACAAUUUGUUGAGAUUGUGAGUUGUUUGUUGUAGGUGUUCGCUUAUACGCGUGGUGAGGUGGAUAUAUUUAUUUUACAAUUUUAAUUAGCUCUAAGCUGAAAACUGAACUAUAAUACGGGUUUUUAUGAAGUCACACCUGAUUUAAAAUUUGCAGACGAAUUUGUUGUAAGUCUUCAUUUGUUUAUGUAAACUAUAGGUUAAAACAGAUAUUUUGUUCGUACGUUAGAAGCCAAAUUUGAAUUUGGUCUUGCUCUUACAAUGUUACCUCACAAUGAACCAACUAUGAGAAUUUACCUAAAAUUUUAAUUAUUAAGGAUAUAAUAUUAACAGUGUGUGUCUGAGUAAAUGUUGAUCAUCGAUAUAGAAAAGACCAUUUUUGUGUAUUAAAAUCUAGUGAGUAUUCACCUCAUAAAUAUGAAGUCGGGUAGUGUAUUGCGUUUAAUAGUUACCCAAAGAGUAAUCUUGUACGGUGUGUCAAUUCUUUACGAAUGAUAUGUCAAUUUUUAUUCUAUGAUUACUUUACUUCAUCUGAAGCAUCGGAUUGACAUGUCUCAUGAAUACCAAAGAGUAGUAAAUACAAUUGAAUGAAUUGAACUAUUUAUAAUAAAAAUUAUAGAUUACUGUCCCGUUUUUCUAAUACUAUUUUGGUCACCAUACUUCAUGUUAACCUCAAUAUUUAAAUCUUCAUACUUUAUUUUAACAUUCCAUUUCUUCUUUCAAUGUUUGUUAUAUAAUAUAAGAUUUUAUUUAAGAAUAAUGUAGUUAAGACAACGUAGUUUUAUUGUCUUUCAACUGCUUCUUUUUCUGCAUAAAAAAAACCAUUUAAAGAAAUUGUUGUACGCUA